AUGUGUGUGUUGUGUUAUCAUUCUCCGUCUCUCUUCACCAGAAGCAGACGUUGUUGUCUGUCUGUCUGUCUUUGGCUCCAAACGUAUGAACCAGAAGAAAGGGCUUUUCGAUACACUUCCGUGUUGCAAACCCUAAGAUUAUAUUUCCAAUCAAUUCAACCUCUUCUCGUGAUUUAGAAGAAACCCUAAACCGAUCAAUCAUCAUGAUGGACUGCUCAUGCAGCACUCGCCCUUCUUCCUCUCUACUCAUCUCCUCCGAACCGUCUCUUCGCUUCCCUCGCUGCUCUAACCUCUCCUCGAAUCUCAGCUUACUGGUGCCUAAAGAUGCGAAGGUGGCGAAGAAGCAGCAGCGUUUGGUAGUGAGGAGUUGUUCUGCUCAAAACGGCGACGUUGAUGGGUUUCCUCCUCUCAAGCCAAACAAACUCUUUAUGCAAGAGGCGAUUGGAGCUGAGUAUGGAGAAGGGUUUGAGACUUUUAGACAGGAUGGUCCUCUUAAAGUCGAUGUGGAUUUCUGGAAUGAGAAACUGCAAGAUGGUUUUCUUCAAAGGAUACGUUACGCUAUGAAACCAGAUGAAGCAUAUGGACUUAUCUUCUCUUGGGACAAUGUCGUGGCUGAUACUCGAGGUUUGAAGUUGGAUGCUUGGAAGCAGCUAGCUGCCGAAGAAGGAAAAGAAAUUGCGGAGGAGAAUGACAUUCAAAGGCUGAUGCUUUAUGCUGGCGCUGACCAUGUGCUUAGUAAGGUCUUGUUUUGGGAAAAUACGCAAAGCAAAGUCGACAGCUUGAAACUCAGGCUAUCAGAAAUAUACUAUGAUAAUCUUCUCAGACUCACAGAACCAAAGGAAGGACUUAGAGAUUGGCUCGACGCUGUCACAAAUGCUCGCAUUCCCUGUGCCGUUGUCUCAAACCUUGAUCGAAAGAACAUGAUCAAUGCUCUUGAAAAGAUGGGACUUCAGAACUAUUUCCAGGCAGUAGUUUCUGAGGAAGAUGGUAUGGAAUCUAUUGCUCAUAGGUUUCUUUCCGCUGCUGUGAAGUUGGAUAGAAAGCCGGCGAAAUGUGUUGUGUUUGAGGAUGAUCCAAGGGGUAUAACAGCUGCUCACAACUGUACUAUGAUGGCUAUAGGAUUAAUCGGUGCUCAUAGAGCGUAUGAUCUGGUUCAGGCUGAUCUCGCUGUUGGAAACUUCUACGAGCUAUCGGUGAUAAACCUCAGAAGAUUAUUUGCAAACAAAGGCUCUACAUUCAUGGAACACGAGAAGCAAAUCAUUGAAAAAUCUCCUCCCAAGAGAAAGCUAACCAUUGAUACCAUAUUCUAAAGGGCAUUGGAUCGUGGUAUAUAUAGUAGUUAGGUUAGGUUCGAAAUACCUUAAGUUCUUUGUCGUUAUGGUUUAUAUGUUUAAUACUACAAGUAAAACCGUAUUUGAUUUGAGUGAAAUGUAGAUUUUUUUUCAAGAUCAA